AAGAUUAGCUGUCAUUACACGAUUACGAUUUACAAUCACGACCAUGUUUAAGUUUACAAAUGUUGUAAAUAUUUUUUUAUAUUAAUCGUAUGAAUAGAGAUUUAUCUAAUGAAUUAAAUUUUUAUUCUAUUUCUGGUAAUCGAAUUAUUAUACCAAAGUUAAAAUGGAUAAUGACAGAGAAGAUGGGGAAAUGAGUGAUGAAAAUGAAAUGGACGUAGAUGUAGCGAAAGAAGAUAUAAAAACUCUUCCUAUCGAUGGAAGCACUUUGCUUUAUAAGGCAGAUAAAACAGGACCUAUUGUUAAAUGUUUGAAUAAAGUCGACGCAUUAAAACUAGAGGAAAGGGCUCAGCGCUUUGGAUUGAAUUUAAGUGGCAAUCGGGUCGUUACCCAAAAGCAAAUUGAUGAUCUCUAUGCUAAUAUAGGUAUUGAAGGAAAUGAAAGACAUUUUAGACUGGAUGCAUUGCACCUUACUGGUAUUGAUGGAUUAACAACAAAAGAUGUGUUUGAGUAUUUGGAAGAUUAUAAACCAGUUUCAUUGGAGUGGAUUGAUGAAACAUCAUGUAAUGUAGUGUGUCAGGACCAUAUAGCAGCAGCAUUAGCUUUACUUGUUCAUUCACGUGAAAUAACUGAUUAUGAUUUGAAUAAUGUAUUAUCAGAGAGGUCAUCAUAUCACUGGCGGGAAGGCAUGCCACAUCCUAAGAAAGAUGUUAUUUUGAUGAGAUUUGCAACAAAUGGCGAUAAAAAAAUGGGGAAAAAAAUAAGGGAAUCUAAAGCUGUAGAUUCUAAUGAAAAGAAUCCUUGGGGUGAUCUUUGUAAAUCUUGGGGAGUUUAUGAUCACCAAGAAAUAUUUCAACGUAAAUUGCCAGUAUUUCAUGGCACGUCUGACAAUGAAGAAGUGGAACUUCAGCCUCGGAAAUUUAUUAAACCAAGAAAUAAAAACCUUGCAAUGCGCUUAGGUAAAAGGACUCAGAACAUUCAACAUGUGGAAGAAUCAAGUGACUCUGAUUCUGAAUGGAAUAAGAAAUCAAAAGUUCCCAGAAUGCGAAUGAGGGCUGAUGAUGAAGAAAGUAAAAGAAAAAGUCGUAAUGUUGAAUCAAAUAGUUUAAGUGAUAAAGAUGAUUAUGCUCCAUUAUCAAUUGAAGUUAUAAAUUCUCAAAAUACCCCCAUGCCAAAUCGAUCCUCAUCAAAAUUAAUAUCAGAGAAGUUCAAGAAACAUGAAAGUGUACAUUCUUCAAAAAAUAUACAAUCUCGUCUUGGUGUUAAAGUUGUACCACAAGACGACAGGUCUUUCAGUGGUAGCUGUUCAGAUGAUUCUGAUUACAAUACAAUGAGUAGAGUACAAAAAGUAAAUGAUCAAAAUAAAAAGACUUCAAGUGUCUGGUCAAGGUUGGAGGCAAACCCUGUAUUGUCAAAUGACAAAACAGAUUUACGACAAAUUUUAAAGACAAGAAAGCAUAAAAAAACUGACGACCUGAGAGAACGACUCGGUAAAUCUAAAUCAAAUUUAAGAAUUGAAAUAGACAAUAAUUAAUAAAAUAUAUUUUUUUAUUAAUGACUUCUUGUUUAUUUUUUCAAAUAUAUAUUAACAAAUUAUAAA